AUGCUAACAAGAGGUAAAGUUAUAGUAAUAAUAUUUUUAUUUUCUACCAUUUUAUGGAUAUAUAAUUUCGACAAAUAUAAAAAAUCAAAUUCUUUAAUUAAAUGGAUACUAAUUCCCAUAUAUCUUGUAGGUUUGUUGUCUGCAUAUGCAAUUGUGUCCAUAUCCAUAAGUUUGUACAAUUUUAAUAACGUUCCUAAUGGUCAUGAAGCUUUAUUAGACGAAAUUAAUAACAUCAAAAAGGAACUCGAAAAGAAAAAAUUUACCUUUAGUUAA